AGUUGCACAAGCUGUCCAAGUGGUAAAGACUGUACAAAUGCAUCAACGCCUGAAGCUGACCUACAAGAUUGUCCUGCUGGGACAUACAGCAACCUUGGUGACGCUGGUUGUACCAAUUGUCAAACUGGUUAUUUUAGUAAUGCUGGUUCUGGAUCCUGUACCCUCUGUCCUGCUGGACGGGACUGCACCAAUCCUGCUUUAAAUGAAACAUCUCAACCAAUAUGUGCAGCAGGAACCUACAGUGCUGAAGGAAGUGCUGGUUGUACUAAUUGUUUAACAGGGUAUUACAGCUCAACAGGAUCUACAAAUUGUUCCAUAUGUCCUGCUGGGAGUGAUUGUGCUAGUCCGUCAGAAACACCUUCUCAAUGUGCAGCUGGAACCUACAGCCAGGAAGGUGAUGCUUCAUGUAAAAAUUGUGCCCAGGGUUAUUAUAGCCCAGCUGGUUCUGAUUCAUGUACCAUUUGUUCUGAAGGAUUUAACUGUUCCAAUGCUGGAGCAACACCACAGCAGUGCCCAGCUGGAACAUUCAGCUUAGAAGGAACAAGUGAUUGUUUGAAGUGUCCAUCUGGAUAUUUCAGUACAGCUGGUUCUGGCUCCUGUACAAAAUGUCCAGCAGGAAAAGAUUGCACUGAUCAAGGAUUAGAUUUGUCAAGUAUGCCAGAUUGUCCUGCAGGUACAUACAGUAAACUUGGUGAUUAUGGAUGUACAAACUGUGAAAGAGGAAGUUAUAGCUCAACGGGAUCUGGAAACUGCACGCUUUGUCCUGAAGGAAAGGAUUGCAAUAGCACAGCUAUCACUGGAGUGCCUCAGGAUUGCCCAGCUGGAACAUAUAGUGCAGAGGGAAAUGCAGGAUGCUCAAAUUGUGAGACUGGAUAUUAUAGCCCUUCUGGAGCAGGAGAAUGUACAGUUUGUCCAGCUGGAUCAGAUUGCAGCAACCCAUCAAUAGCUCCCUCACAGUGUCCAGCGGGUAAAUACAGUCCACAAGGAAAUGCAGGAUGUAUAAACUGUGAAGUUGGUUACUAUAGCACUGUUGGUUUAGGAUCUUGUAUUAUUUGCCCUGGAGGAAAGGAUUGUACUAAUCCUGCUGAUGAUGGUUCAGGAUUGACUGACUGCUCUGCUGGAUCUUUUAGCAAAGAAGGAGAUAGUGGGUGUAUCAAUUGUCCAACUGGAUAUUAUAGUCAAACUGGAGCUGCUAAUUGUACAAUAUGUCCAGGUGGUAAAAACUGUUCAGAUGGAUCUGCAUCAGAUUGUCCCAGUGGAACAUUUAGUCGAGAAGGGGAUGAAAGUUGUACUCUUUGCAGUGUUGGUAGCUACAGUUCAGCUGGCUCUGUUAGCUGUACCACAUGCCCUGAAGGUCAAUCCUGCACAGGAGACGCAUUGACAAACUGUCUGUCAGGAACCUACAGUAAAGAAGGAGACAACAGCUGUCAUAAUUGUCAAAAUUGUUUAGCAGGAACGUACAGUAAGGAAGGUAAUACCGGAUGCACACCUUGUGAUGUUGGUUAUUACAGCAGGGCAGGAGUUGGUAGCUGUACUAUCUGUCCAAGUGGAUAUGACUGCUCGGAUCCUGCUCUGACCGGACCAAAUUUGAACAAAUGUGAACCAGGAACAUUCAGUGAUGAGGGUGAUGCUGGCUGUAAGUCGUGUAGACCUGGAUAUUACAGUAUUGUUGGUUCUGGAUCUUGCAUUAUCUGUGCUGCUGGUAAAGAUUGUAGUAAUGUCACCAAUUUGACAUCUGCCCCACCAGAUUGUGAAGCUGGUACAUACAGUAAUGAGGGAGACCAUGGUUGUACUAAUUGUCUAGCAGGUAUGUAUUUUUAG